AUGUCUUUCGCCGAUGCAUCUAUUCGCGUCCUCCGCCUCCUUCCCGUGAUCACUUCAACCAUUGUGUUCAUGUUCGCAGUUGAUGAGCAUAUAUUUCUUGGCACAUGGAUGGCUCCUACAUUUCGCGACCGCGCAAAUGUCCACCUUCCCAAUUGGUUCCAGCUCUGGGGUCGACGGGGUCGCUGGGUUAUUCUUCUAGGAUAUCCUGGCAACUAUGCUCUAGGUAUUCUCAACCUUCUCGUCGCUCGCUCUCAACUCAAAGUGACUGGUGCUGAGAAAUGGUACUGGAUGGGACUUCUGUUUAGUAUGGGACAUAUUGCAAUCUAUGCCAAGAGAGCACUGAAGUUGUUGGCAGAGAUCAAAGCAGAUAUUCCCAAAGGAAAUAGUACACAUUCGAUGGGGGUUUGGUUGAGGAUGCAUACGAUUAGGACAUUUACGACAGAUAUCCCAGCUUUGGUCUUUUUUGUUGUGGGUGCGCUUAAGGCAUUGUGA